CGCUAAGAAAGAUGAUUACAUUGAAUAUUAUCAUAGUGUUACUAGUUAUGACUAGUGCCAGUGCCGUCAAGGUCGGUACCUUCGAUUUGUCCAGACUUGUUUUGAACGAGGAAUUAGAUGAAGACGAAUCAUUACUCGUAGAUACGGCAGAUAGUAGGAUUGUGGGUGGACAUGAAACUACUAUUGAGGACCAUCCUUAUCAAGUGUCAUUCAUUGUCAACAACUCGUAUUUUUGUGGUGGCAUAAUCUUAAGUCAAGAUUGGAUUAUGACCGCCGCACAUUGCGCUCAAAAUGUCGACCCUACAACAGUGGUGCUGCGGGCUGGUAGCACCUUCCGGAAAAAUGGCACCAUAAUACCAAUAGCUUUAGUAGCUAGUCAUCCAGAAUACGAUGACCCUGCUUUCGACAAAGACGUUGCUGUCAUGAAAACAGUGAAACCCAUGGAGUUUGGAGAGACAAUGCAGCCGGUAGCACUGCCAGCUCUGGGGGCGAAGUUGGAGCCGAAUUCUGAAAUCGUAGUCAGUGGUUGGGGGAGGACAGUGCAAGGUGCUCCAACGAUACCAGAUCGAUUGAUGAAUGUGACUCUGGACGUGGUGUCGCACUUUAAAUGCAACCUGAGCUAUUAUUUGUACCUCACUGAUAACAUGUGGUGUGCGGGAAAUUUCUUUUUGGGUGGAAAAGGAACUUGCCAAGGUGAUUCCGGUGGGGCAGCUGUACAGAAUGGGACGGUCAUGGGAAUAGUGUCCUUCGGAAGAGGAUGCGGUCAGCCUUUGUCACCAAGUGUAUUUGCUGCCACGUAUUCGCCGGCCAAUUGGAAUUUUAUUAAAGAAACAACGGGCUUAUUGCAGUGAUUAAUUAAGAUUUUCAAUUAGUUUAACUUUUGUCUAGUGAUUUUAUGUGAUGUCGAAAUUUUAUCUGCAUAUAAAUUUAGUUUAUG